CUGUCUGGCCACCAAGUGCGCACGUGCUUUCAAAGAUGGCUGCCAAAAUAUUUGUGCCGAAGCGGUUAGGCCGCAAUCAUUGGAUUUACUCGCAAAUAAGGCUCAUAAAUUAUGACCUUGCACCAGAAGAUGAAUACACAGACGUCCCAAAGUAUCCUCCAAUUCAUGAUCCAUCAUACGAAGGUACAUUGCUACGUAAGCGCCGAGAAUGGUACGACCGAAUUCGCGCACUUCCUACGGUGGAGCAGAAGUUGCUGGAGAUCGCCAAAGAAAAAGGAAGACAGCGAAGCUACAUAAUUCAACCACACUCUGACUGCUACAACAACCUCCCCGCGUUUCAGUACGCCACGCGAACUCAUGUAAUCAAAGGGCUUCCAAAUGAGUACAGUGAAACUGAUGUCGAAGAUGUAUACGACCGGCUGAAAACAAACUUGACUGACGCUAUAGCGUCUGAGCUGGACAUAAACCGAGCAGCAAACGUAAAACGAAAAAUGGUGGAACAGACGAAACAAGCAAACAUAAUACGUCAGAUUGUUUCCACGUUGCUCAAAGGACUAGUUUGGCAAAUACCCCACCUAGAAACGGCACAGGUUGACAGGGAACCACGCUGCAAUGCCUUCUGGUGGCACGGACGGUACCACUCAGAUAAUCUGCCCUGGAACCGCAAGAAAGACUUUAUGACAAUACCAUUUCAGUAUCAGGAUGCACCUGACAUCCAAAUUCGGAUUAAAGAACCUCUCCCUGAAGUCGUUAGCAAAACGGAUGCACUGGUACAGUCAGUGGAGGUUCCAGAUUUCCCCUAUCAUCCAACUUUGCUGAAAAUGAAAUUCAAAGAAAGAGUCCUCACCAGUCUCCCUGGAAUAUGGCCGAACAAGAAGGGCUGCGACUUCCCGUUAGUGACAUUUCGAAGGAGAAACGAUUUGAUCUUUGAGGGUUGCAUAUUCAAAAAGGAACAAGAUAUUGAAAGGGCCUUGGCUGCGUCUGCAGUCCUUGUCGGGUUCGGUAGUCUCAGUGCCUUUUCUACAAGUUUAGGCUUUACACCGUUGAACGACCUGACAUACCCGCUGGUGAGCCAAUACAUCAACACCGAUGGACAGCACUGGGCUUUUUCGCUGUACCAGUUGAACACCAACGGACUUCAUCCGGACUUCUACCACGACAAUCCCGCGAGGAACCUCUGCUGGACCUCCGGCAACUUGCGUCUCUACGAUGUGUACGAAAACGGCGAGCUGAAGGGGUUGAAUGAUGAUGUUCUAAAGACCCUGCUCAAAUUCAUGCUGAAGAAACCUCGGGCCCCUCUAGGCGCGGACCUUCGGCCAUUCCUGGGUGAGGACACCAUGACAGAGGAGGAGAGUCAGGCUACGUGGAGCGAACUCCGUAUGCUGUACGACAACAGGUUCCACCUGCGAUCGGCCAUACAGAGGGAGGUUCCAAUGUGGGUCCGGAUUUACAAGCAUCAUCCCUUGGCACCACCUUCUCCAUACGUUAGACUGACAUAGAGAGCCUACAUCUGUGUACGUGUGUCAUGAAUGUAAUGUAAUAUAGAAUAAAAAGUUGCAAGAUA